AAUGGAGCAGAAGUAGGAAUAGCUAAUGGAGGUCUUUUAGAUGUUCCAAUUUUAACUGAAGUAGAUGAAAUUUUUUUAGGUUCAAAAUCCCCUGGGCCUAAUUCUGUGAUUUUUUUGGAAAUGAUGGGUUAUCUUUGAGAUGCAGAGAAACUAGAAUAAAUAAAAUGAUACUUAAUUUUAUUAAUUCUUUUAGGUUUGAUUGGAUUAUAGGUUGCUGGACCAGGUUAUGGAUUAAAUUGAAUUUAAGUGGCUGCAGUAGGAUAUGCUAUAUUAAAUGAUUAGACAGUUGAAGUAGGA